AUGGUGGCUACUCGAGCUCUCGAUUUAACGUCUGGUCUCGCAACUCUGUCACUCCUUUGUGGCUUGUUCGGCAGUGCCAAAGGAGUUUCUCUCGAGGUCUCGACAGAAGGCGGUAAUUCCUCCAGCCCUCUUCUCUAUGGAUUUAUGUUUGAGGACAUCAACCAUUCCGGCGAUGGAGGGAUCUAUGCCCAGCUACUUCGCAACAAUGGCCUGCAGGGUUCCAAGCCAGAUUUGACGGCCUGGGGUAGUGUUGGCAAUUCUAAAAUUGCAGUGGAUUCCGACAAUCCCUUGACCUCUGCUAUUACACACACCUUGCGCGUGGAUGUUCCCAAGGAGGCCACUGGCCGCGUUGGGGUGACCAACGCAGGAUAUUGGGGAAUCCCCGUGGAUGGCAGCAACUUCCACACCUCUUUCUGGAUCAAGGGGAAGUUGGACGGCGAUAUCACUGCGCGACUGGUUGGAAAUGGCACUGGCACCGAGUAUGCUUCGAAAUCAAUCUCGGUUUCCUCGAACGGGAACAAGUUCACUGUCGUCGACGCGUCCUUUGAAACCACCAAGGCACCCGACGGAAAUGUUUAUUAUGAGCUGACUGUGGACGGCAAGUCGGUCGCCGGCUCCUCACUUUAUUUUGGUUUGGUCCAACUGUUUCCUCGAACUUACAAAGACCGGCAAAAUGGUCUUCAGCCGAAGCUGGCCAACGCCCUGGAGUCCGUCAAGGGAUCUUUCUUGAGGUUUCCAGGAGGUAAUAACCUGGAGGGUGACGAUGGCGGAUCGCGGUGGAAGUGGAAUGAAACUAUUGGGCCGGUGGAGGAUCGACCAGGACGACAGGGAACUUGGACCUACCCUAAUACCGACGGAUUGGGCCUCGAUGAAUAUUUCUACUGGUGCGAAGAUAUGGGCUUGGAGCCAGUGCUGGAUGUUUGGGCUGGGUUUGCUUUGCAGUCUGGAGGCAAUACUCCAAUCACCGGCGAUGCCCUCAAGCCGUACGUGGACGAUGUGUUGAACGAGUUGGAGUAUGUUCUCGGGGAUAAGAGUACAAAAUAUGGCGCCCUUCGAGCCUCUUAUGGCCGGGAUGAUCCGUGGCCGCUGAAGAUGGUGGAAAUUGGGAACGAGGAUAACCUGGGAGGUGGUUGCCAGUCGUACUCGGAGCGAUUCACCGCGUUUUAUGAUGCGGUUCACAAGGCAUACCCAGACCUCACUCUCAUUGCCAGUACGUCGGAGAAGUCCUGCCUGCCCAGUUCCAUGCCCAAAGGAGCGUGGAUGGACUACCAUGACUACAACAGCCCCGAUGGCCUGGUGGGACAGUUCAACUAUUUCGACAAUUCGGAUCGAUCCGUCCCAUAUUUCAUCGGCGAGUAUGCCCAGAAUGGCGUGGAUUGGCCAAUUAUGCAGGGCUCGGUGGCAGAGGCCGUGUUCAUGAUCGGACUGGAGCGCAACAGCGACGUGGUCAAGAUGGCGGCCUAUGCGCCGUUGCUGCAACUGACCAACUCCACCCAGUGGAAGCCCAACCUCAUCGGAUACACCCAGAGCCCUACCGGCCUUGUGGAAACUAGCAGCUACUUUGUUCAGGAGAUGUUCUCCGUGAACCGGGGUGACACGAUCAAGAAGGUUACCAGUGACUUAUCAUUUGGGCCAGUAUACUGGGUCGCAUCGAGUGCGAAGGACGCGUACUUUGUGAAGCUGGCCAACUAUGGCAGCAAGACCCAGGACAUAAGCAUCGCCAUCUCUGGAAAGAACCAGGGCAAACUCACGGUGGUGGCCGACGAUGAUGCAAAGGCCGCCAACACUGACACUGAGACCCCGAUUGCCCCGACAGACUCCACAGUAAGUGCGAAGGAUGGGAAGUUCACGUUUACUUUGCCUGCGUGGUCUGUUGCUGUGCUCGCUGCUAGUUGA